GGGAAUUGGACAGCGGAAGUUUUGUCGUGAAGGCCGUCGGGCGAAAGCAUGUUAUAUGUUGCAGCACUUCAUAACCACUAUUGGGAUUGAAUUUUCUGACCUCUCAAGGAACACUUUAGCGUCACUUUUUCAUAGGAUCACUAGAAAUAGUCUUCUUAUCGUUACUCUACAACUCAUAGUGAAGGGCGAUGGCAGAAGUAGUAGAACGCAAUUUGGAAGAUUCCGUUGGCGAGAUUCUGUAUAUUCGAAAGGCGAAACUAUUUAACAGAUUGGAGACCAAUGAAAUAGUUCGUAAACGAAGACACCAUGAAUACAGCCUUCAGAAGCGUAACAAACGGAUUUUAGACUAUGACGCCUACAUUAGCACUGAAAUAACGAUAAUGAAAUUGUUACGCUUUCGUCGCCAGAUUACAAACGAUAGCAGAUAUCUCGACAAGAUUGAGAAGUCAAUUAUUAGUCGUCUAGUACGCUUGCAUCGGCAAUUGUGUUACAGGUUCCAGUCUCAUCUUGACCUUUGGAUGAGAUUUAUUCAUUUUUGUAAAAUUAUUAACCGGCAUUUGUCUGUUGUACGUAUAUGGAAUAAUGUACUUCAGAUACAUGGUCGCACAGAACCAAGGCUUUGGAUUGCUGCAGCCGCAUACCAUUUACAUCAUGGUGUUAGAUCGAAAGCUCGUGAAAAUCUACGACAUUUUGACAGACAAAAAAGUGAUUUGGUAAAGGCGCGGAAAAGAUUACUGAGUGAAUAUAUGAUAUUGGAUCGUCACGCAUCAGAAGCACAGAAGAAAGAAAUAAACGAGCUUAUGAAAGAGUUAAAAGAAAAUCAAGCUUCCUUAGAUAAAGCAGCUAAAGAAAUGGUCAGAGAACGUCGUCUUACUUGGGACAGAGCUCAUCUGAAUGCCAUUCGGGAAGCUCGUCAUUUGAUAACUGAAGGAAUCUCUCUAAAUCCUGAGUGUGAUCUAUUACAUUUGGAAUUAGCCAAGUUAGAGAUCAAUGCUUUUGAUUUUUUCCGCACUCGUGUCCUCCCACGAUAUGAAAACUGUGGUGUUGAUUCGGCCAACACAUCUGCAGAUAUCAACCUGAAUGGAUGUAAUAAAAAGAAGAAACUAAAAACAUUAGAAAGAGAGGCAGCGGAAAACAAAAAAUUCAUGAAUUUAGUAACUGAAAAUGCAGAAUUUAUUGCUAACGGAGGAGCUGUCAAUUUAGUGAUAGAAUCGCUACUAUCUCGUUGGGUUAAUAAUAGUAAAAUGCUUGAACUACUUCAUCAAAUCUUGUUAACUGUUCCACAAAUAAUCGACUCACAUUUAAUUGAGAAAGUGGCUAACUUUGUAAACAAUGCCAAGGAAGUAGAUAUUUCUAAGUCUUUGGAAAAAAUUGAGGCCCCAUUAGAAUGUAGAACUCAUGGAAUUCGAUCAACACUUUCUGAUCAGUUGGUCGAAAUUCACCAAACCAUGCUGGAUAAAGGUGUGGAAGCUGUUAUACACUUAUGGAAUUCCUGGUAUUUACCUUCGACGGGUCAUUCUUUACAAACCUCGCCUUUCAGAUUAAUCAAUCCGUCAUCUCCUGAAGCUGUUGGUUUACUACGAUCUCGUUUAACUGCACUUUCUCUUUACUCUGUGUAUGAAUUAAACGGUCAGUCAUUGCCAAAAUCAACUAUAACAUCAAACGAAAUGGGCACAAAUGAACAGGAAACUAAAUUACACAAUGUUUAUCACCAGAAACGCCAAUUUUUGUCCUCUGAAGUUAAUAAAACUCGAGGCUUGUUUGAUUUACUGAGUACUUCACAGUGGGGUAGUCACUGUCCAGAAUUCUGGUUAUUAUAUUUACACUUUGAAAAGACAAUUGGAGAUAUCACACAAAUGCCAGCUGUGCAAUGGAGAGCUCAAAAGACUCUGCUCACUGAAUACUUUGAUAAAUUCAUAUUAAUGUUAAAUAAAGAACAAUAAUAAACAUUGCUGACAUGAUAUGUAUCACAUAUAUUUUGUUUAAUAAUUAAAAUAUAUUUAAGGAAGCCUUUUGUAAUUUAACUUAUGUAUUUAUAUUUGUAAAGAAUUUUAAUUUUGUUGGACUAUAGAUUGGUUUGUUUAA